ACCACAGUCUCGGCCUCAUUUGCUGCAGCCACAGUUGCUGCCUUUUGGGUCUAAAAACCACCUCUGCCUGAGCUUGCUUCGUCUUGCCUAACCCUCUCCCAAAGGGGCUGGGUAGUUGUUCUUCCUGAAAAUCUUUGCUUUUCCAUCCAAAGGAGGGGAGGGUCCUGUCUUUCUGACUCUUCUGCAAUCUGAAGGUGUGUUCGCAGGUAAAGAGGAAGUGACAUUUGCUCUGCCUGGAGGGCUCCAAAGCAACAGGAGAAAAGGCAAUGGCUGGGAACAUGGACAGGAAUGCAAAAGCCCUCCAGGAAGCCUGGAGGAGAGAAGAAAACACCUUGUGCGCUGACUGCAAAAAACCCGAUCCUGACUGGGCCUCCUAUACUCUCGGCGUCUUUCUCUGCUUCGACUGUGCAGGGAUUCAUCGCAACCUCUCUGGCAUCAGCAAAGUGAAGUCAAUAAGGAUGGACUGCUGGGAGGAAGGCCAGAUAGAGUUUUUGAUGCAGCAUGGAAAUGCAAAGGCUAAAGCUAAAUAUGAGGCCCAUGUUCCAUUUUACUAUUACCACCCGGUCCACACCGACUGUCUAGUUCUGAGAGAGCAGUGGAUACGAGCCAAAUAUGAACGGAAUGAAUUCAUGAAGCCGGGAAAACAGUCACCAUAUUCUAAUGGGUUGAAAGAAGGGAUUCUAUGGAAACGAGGCCGAGACAAUGGACAGUAUCUUUUGCGCAGGUUUCUCUUGUCGGAGAGAGAAGGUUGUCUCAAGUAUUUCACCAAGCAGGAUGCAAAAGAACCCAAAGUAGCUAUUAAAAUUGACACUAUCAAUGCCGUGUUCCAGCCUGAAAAGACAGGGAACCCCAAUGGCUUGCAGAUCACGUAUCUCAAAGACAACAAGACUCGCAACAUCUUUGUUUAUCAUGAGGAUGGGCAAGAAAUAGUGGACUGGUUCAAUGCGAUCCGUGCUGCACAGUUCCAUUAUCUGAAGGUGGCUUUUCCUGUUGCCAGUGACCAAGAGCUAAGAAACCGAUUGACACGGAAUUUCUUGAAAGAAGGCUACAUGGAAAAGACCGGGCCAAGGCAGAAGGAGGCUUUUAAGAAACGGUGGUUCACUCUGGACCACAGGAGACUGAUGUACUUCAAAGAUCCUUUGGAUGCUUUUGCUAAAGGUGAAGUAUUUGUGGGCAGCAGGGAGCAAGGGUACAGCGUCAUGGAGGGCCUGCCAGCUGGCACGCAGGGCAGCUUCACUUGGCAGCAUGGCAUCACCAUCAUCACCCCUGAUCGUGAAUAUCUCUUUACCUGUGAGACAGAGCGGGAUCAGCAAGAAUGGAUGACUGCCUUCUGGCAUGUUAUAAAACAACCCAUGACACCCCAGGAGUAUGCAAUUGAAGCUUAUUUCAAGCUCAGGCCAUAACAUUCCUGAAGGAACAAGAACCUGUUGCUAUCCCACCUGGCAUUUCCUUUUUGAGGAGCACAAGGAAGGCAAAGAAGACAUUCUCUACCAAAUGAGUUGCAGCACUAUAUUCCAUGUUUCCUCAAGGUUGGAAACAUGCUUUCUUAAAUCUUUGAACCACAAUCCUUCAAAAUCUCCUGUGAACCAUUUCAGACAAUCUUCUUUGCUGGGUGAAUGUGUUUAAAAAUGAAUUUUAUCCAGUCUGCUCUUUGCAAUUGUUAAAGAGCUGCUUGUUGCCUAUGAACAUCAGCACAUUCUGUUAUUUGGACUGCCAAAGAAUGCAAAGAUGAAUGCUCAUGAACCUUUCUGCCAUUUUGGGUCAGUGUACUGCCCUAUUGAAGGACUGACAUGUUUGUUUCCUGUUGGCAAAAGUGUCCUGGUGGCUUUCUCCACUGAUCAUUACUGCUUGAGGCUGAUCGCUUGCUGACUAUUAAAGGCUUCACAGCCAGAUACAAUAA